AUGGGUCGCCACGCGGCGGGAGGGAGAAACUGGGAAGGCUUCGGCCCAGAUCCCUUCCUCGCCGGCGAGGCUAUGAGUGCUGCUGUCAGUGGGGUUCAGUCUGUUGGUGUCCAGGCCAGUUCAAAACACUACGUCGGCAAUGAGCAGGAAACCCAACGUUCGUCAUCGACAGCCGACGACGGUACCGUCAUCGAGGCCAUUUCCUCUAAUAUUGAUGAUCGCACACUGCACGAGUUAUAUAUCUGGCCGUUCGCUAAUGCUAUCAAAGCGGGCACAGCUAGCAUAAUGUGUUCUUACAAUCGUCUGAAUGAAGUCUAUUCCUGCGAAAACUCGGAGCUUUUGACAAAUAUCACAAGGGAUGAGCUUGGCUUCAGAGGAUACAUCGUUUCAGACUGGUAUGCGACGCAUUCUACUGUUGAAGGAGCCCUAGCCGGGUUGGACCUUGAGAUGCCAGGACCCGUGAGUACUGUGGGUGCGAGUUACUUCGGUGAUCUUUUACUGGAAGCUGUCAAUAACGGAAGCGUGCCUGAAGCUCGUCUUGAUGAGAUGACAGUACGAGUGCUCACGCCGUAUUUUCUUCUCAAGCAGGACAGAAACUUUCCAACAGUUGAUCCGGCAACUGGACCUGCAUUGGUCGCUUAUCAAUUUGGGCCUGGAUCGCCUUAUGCGGCCGCAUUCCCUGAAGUUGAAGCACGCGACGUCCGACGGGAUCAUGCCAAUCUCAUCCGAGAGAUUGGUGCUGCAGGAACGGUCUUGUUGAAGAAUGUGAACAAGGCGCUGCCUCUGACAUCAGAGUUGGACAUUGGUAUCUUCGGCAACGAUGCACCAUAUCCUGCCCACGGUUCGGCGUACGUUGAUACAGCCAACCCUUUGGGCUUCGAGGUCGGUACUAUCGACGUUGGUGGCGGCUCCGGUGGUGUGCGCCAUACCAGCCUGAUUGAGCCAAUGGAAGCCAUUCGCCACAAGGUUGAAUCAAUUGGAGGACGCGCUCAAUUCAUUCUUAAUAACAAUUACCUUGCUGCCGGGAAAUUCAACGGUCUCUACCCGACCCCAGAUGCAUGUCUAGUUUUCUUGAAAGCCUUUGCGACCGAAGGACUCGACAGAGAAGAUCUCGACCUCCAAUGGAAUGCAACACUUGUUGUCGAGAACGUCGCGGCGAUCUGCACCAACACCAUUGUCAUAACACACGGCCCGGGCGUGGUGUUGAUGCCGUGGGCGGACAACGAAAACGUGACUGCCAUCUUGGCGGCGCAUUACCCCGGAGAGGAGACGGGCAAUUCGAUUGUGGAUGUUCUCUGGGGCGACGCUGAGCCAUCUGGCCGUUUGCCCUACACGAUUCCACGGGAUGUCUCGCAAUCUGGUCCGAGCAUUGUGAACCUGACAGAACCGGUGACAGACGCAGGUUCUUGGCAGUCGGAUUUUGUGGAAAGGUUGUUAAUCGAUUACCGGCGAUAUGAUGCUGAGAAUAUCGAGCCUCUAUACGAGUUCGGGUAUGGUUUAGGCUACACAACAUUUGAGAUCACCAACCUCGAUGUCCAGGUCUCGGCAAGUUUGCAGCCAAUGCCAGAUUCAGCCAAAGGCAUUGCACCAGGUGGCUUGGUUGAUCUUUGGACCAACAUCUCAUCGACGACGGUUCAAGUAAAGAACAUAGGCGAUAGAGCCGGAUAUGCUGUGCCACAGCUGUAUGUGUCGUUCCCUCAAGAUACAACCCCUAGCGGAACACCGGUCAAGGUGUUGAGAGGCUUCGAGAAGGUAUUCCUCGAUCCAGGGGAGGCUAGGCAAGUGACAUUCCAGUCAAUGCGACGUGAUCUUAGCUUCUGGGACACGGAUAUGGGACAAUGGGUAGUACCCGAAGGAACGUUCACGUAUAUGGUUGGGUUGAGCUCAAGAGAUCUCAAAGCUGAGGUUCAGAGAAGUGUACUGUGA